AUGGCUACCACCACCAAGGUUUUGCUCGUCGGAGCAACAGGAGAAACAGGCCGUUCGAUCGCCAAUGGUUUGCUUGAAGCUGGCGGCUUUGAAGUCUUUGCUUUCACCCGCCCGGCAUCAGCCAAAAAGCCACAGCUGGUCGAUCUAGAGAAGAAAGGCGUCAUAACUCGGCAAUGCGAUCUAGAGGCGUCGCCAGCUGAGCUGGCUGAGGCCUUGAAAGACAUUGACAUUGUCGUCAGCUCUGUCGGUCCUUCCGAUCAGCUCUCACAGCUUAAACUUGCGACCGCGGCCAAGGUUGCUGGAGUAAAGCGAUUCAUUCCAUGUGCAUUCAUCACUGUCUGCGCCCCCGGCGGCAUCAUGUGGUUGCGUGAUGAGAAAGAAAAAGUCUUCAACCACGUCAAGCAAUUGAAGCUGCCCUACACAAUCAUUGAUGUUGGCUGGUGGUACCAAAUCGCUACCCCACGACUCACAUCGGGUAAAAUUGACUACGCCAUGACGACGGCCAAUGACGAGCUGAUUGAGGAGGGCAAGACGCCGAGUGCGUUCGUUGACUUGCGCGAUAUCGGAAAAUGGGUCGCUCGAAUUAUCGUCGAUCCCCGAACGGAGAAUAAGAUGGUCUUCUCGUACAAUACUGUCAUGUCACCAGCCGAAAUCUUUGAUACCGUCGAGAAACUGAGCGGUGAGAAAGUUGACCGGAAAAACGUGCCCAAAGAAGUUGUCAUGGAGCGUGUUACCAGUGGGCGAGCAUCCAGUGAAACGUAUCCCUUUGACGCGACAAAGUUCACCCCACGCAUUGCUGCCGAGUAUCAACUCUCAUGGGGCCUGCGUGGAGACAACGUACCCGAGUACGCCAAGUACCUGGGAUAUCUCGAUGCCCAAGAGCUCUACCCUGACUUCAAGCCAAUCUCCUUCGAAGAGUACACCAAAGAGCUUCUGGGCGGAACAGCAGUCGGCGUCUACACCGACCGUAUCUCCCGCAUUUACUAG